ACUCGCGGCGCCUGCGAGAGCGGCAAGAUGGCGGACGGUGACGGCGUAGGUGAAGCAGCAACUGCUGCGGCAUCUCCUCCAGCACCUGCUCCCGGCCUGAGCCCUUCGCUGGGCUGGAGGGAGCGGCUACGCGCCGGCCUGGCGGGCACUGGGGCCUCGCUGUGGUUCGUGGCGGGGCUGGGGCUGCUUUACGCUCUAAGGGUCCCGCUGAGGCUGUGUGAGAAUUUGGCAGCGGUGACAGUCUUUUUAAAUUCAUUGACACCCAAAUUCUAUGUGGCACUUACAGGGACAUCUUCUUUGAUAUCAGGGCUAAUAUUUAUAUUUGAAUGGUGGUACUUCCAUAAACAUGGCACGUCUUUUAUUGAGCAAGUAUCUGUAAGCCAUUUGAGACCAUUGAUGGGAGGAACAGAAAGCAGUAUUUCAGAGCCAGGUUCUUCUAGCAACAGAGAAAGUGAAACCAGCAGACAGAAUUUGUCGGAAUGCAAGGUAUGGAGAAAUCCUCUAAAUCUCUUCAGAGGAGCAGAAUAUAGGAGAUACACUUGGGUGACUGGUAAAGAGCCACUUACAUAUUAUGACAUGAAUUUGUCAGCUCAGGACCAUCAGACUUUUUUCACCUGUGACACGGACUUUUUACGUCCAUCAGACAUAGUUAUGCAGAAGGCAUGGAGGGAAAGAAAUCCUCCAGCUCGAAUCAAAGCAGCCUAUCAAGCUUUAGAAUUAAACAAUGACUGUGCCACGGCAUAUGUUCUACUGGCUGAGGAAGAAGCAACAACUAUUGUAGAUGCUGAAAAGUUAUUUAAACAAGCACUCAAGGCAGGAGAAACAAUUUAUAGGCAGUCACAGCAGUGCCAGCACCAAAGUCCUCAGCAUGAAGCUCAACUGAGGAGAGAUACCAACGUACUAGUAUAUAUUAAAAGAAGACUAGCAAUGUGUGCAAGAAAAUUAGGAAGAAUAAGAGAAGCAGUAAAAAUAAUGAGAGAUUUGAUGAAAGAAUUUCCUCCUCUUACCAUGUUGAACAUCCAUGAAAAUCUCCUAGAGUCACUUUUAGAAUUACAGGCCUAUGCAGAUGUUCAAGCAGUCCUAGCAAAAUAUGACGAUAUAAGCCUUCCAAAGUCAGCAGCCAUCUGUUAUACAGCAGCACUAUUGAAGACAAGGACUGUUUCAGAUAAAUUUUCUCCAGAAACAGCCUCCAGAAGAGGGUUAAGCACAGCAGAAAUUAAUGCUGUGGAAGCAAUUCAUAGAGCUGUGGAAUUUAAUCCUCAUGUUCCAAAAUAUUUACUAGAGAUGAAAAGUCUCAUUUUACCUCCAGAACACAUUCUGAAACGGGGUGAUAGUGAAGCAAUUGCCUAUGCUUUCUUUCAUCUUCAGCACUGGAAGCGGAUAGAAGGUGCCCUUAAUCUGUUACAGUGUACGUGGGAAGGCACUUUUAGAAUGAUUCCAUACCCACUAGAGAAAGGCCAUCUAUUUUACCCUUACCCCAGCUGCACAGAGACUGCUGACAGAGAGCUAUUACCUACAUUUCAUCAUGUUUCUGUUUACCCAAAGAAGGAGCUUCCUUUUUUCAUCCAUUUCACAGCAGGACUGUGUUCUUCUACAGCAAUGAUAGCUCUUCUCACACACCAAUUUCCUGAAAUCAUGGGUGUUUUUGCUAAAGCUGUGCCCUGGUGUUUACUGACAUAGGUCAAGAUGCUGUGUGGCUCUACAGGAGACUGAGCCAUUUGACAGUCUGGGCACAUGCAGUCACCUCACAUUGUUUAAGCCCUGAUCUCAGCAUUCUAAUUUCUUUGUAUUCCCCAGUGUAUAUAAUAUGUACUCGCUUGAAAUUCCUUAUAUAUUGCUUGCAUAUUCUUCUAAGUUUCAGCAUAAACUAGUUCCUUCUAUUUAGAAUGCCUUCCUCUGACUGCUCUCAACCAGGACAUACCUCAUCUUUUAAAAAUCCAGCUCGGUGAGUUCCUGCUGUGGCACAGCAGGUUAAGGACCCACCAUUGUCUCUGUGGUGGUGAGGGUUUGAUCCCCAGCCUGGAGCAGUGAGUUAAGGAUCUGGUGUUGCCACAGCUGUGAUGUAGGUCACAGCUACAGCUUGGAUUCAGUCCCUGGCCUGAGAACUUCCAUAUGCCAUGGGUUCGGCCAAAAAAGAAAAAAAAAUAAAAGCCAGCUCAAAAGCCACUAGCUAGGAGCUCUUGUUGUGGCUCAGCAGGCUAAGAACCCACCAUAGUGUCCAUGAGAAUUCAGGUUCUAUCCCUGGCCUUGUUCAGUGAGUUAAGGAUCCAGUGUUGCAGCAAGCUGUGGUGUAAGUCACAGAUGCGGCUUGGCUCCUGCACUGCUGUGGCUGUGGCAUAGGUUGGCAGCCGGAGCUCUGAUUUCACUCCUAGCCCGGGAACUUCUAUAUGCCGCAGGUACAGCCCUAAAAAGAAAGGAAAAAAAAAAAAAAAAAAAAAAGUGCCACCUCCUAUAGAAAGCCCGAUUAAUCUUAUUCACCUGAUUCCUUUAUUCUAAGACUUGUUUCUUAGUCUGUUACUUAAAAUGUUUUGUCUCUUUGUAAUUGUUGCUUGUAUUCAUUGUCACCCAGCAAGCUUAAUGAUAUAGAAAUGAUGUUCCUCUUCCAUCCCCCUGUCUUUGUAUAUUAUAUACAAACACUUUGAAGGCCUGCUAGCAACCUUUUCACUUUCUCCCAAGUUCUAGUCCACCUUCCAUAUCCUUUCCCUUUAUUCAUAGUUACUUUCCUGGAGAAACAGGGCAUGUGUUCAGGGUUUGGCCUCCUCCUCAGCAUGUGUGUGGCAGCCUGCUGAAUAGGUCCCUACAAUUGGGAAGGAUUUAACCCUUUGGUUUGACACUCUCUGCAUUCUAUUCAUACACCUUCAAGAAGUUGAUGUGAGACCCAAAGUAGGGAAAUUUCCACUGAAAGCCAAGUUAGCUUUUUCCUUCCUUUUUAUACAAGACCUCUGAAGCUGCUGUCGUCAGCAGCUCACCCGACACUCUCCUGCUCUGCCUCUUUUCCAGGAGUCAGGGUUAGUUUAAGAAAAAGCCUCUUGCUAGAAGCCAUGACCUCGUACUUUUAUCCCCUCCAUCUGGUGUGCGGCCUCAUGGGGCUGUGCUGCUAUGCAGGAGGUGAGCAAUGGAAUUCUUUAGAUGAUGACUUCUGAGCCCACAUGCGGAGGCAGUGGGGGUGGGAAGCAGGGAGAACAGUGAGAGCCAAGAUCGAUAGACCAAAAAGUAAAGAUUUGUUCUAUGAGAAAUCCUAACUAUAGGUAGACUGUUGGCAUGAAGUGUUCUUCCCUUGAUCAAGUGGGGGCCCAGAGCUGCAGCAUCCCAGAUCUGUGAUUGAUGAACAUUGUGUUCCUGCACUUUUCCCUCCUGCCUUCACGGUUGGGGUGCAGGAGUGGGAUAGGUGGGGUGUGUGAGGGCUUAUGCUGUCUCUACUGGAAUGCAUUCCAGGGUUGAACAGGGAAGGGUUCCCCUUGUUCACAUCAUCUCUUGGAGCUGCUUUGUCUCACUGUCUCGGACCUAAACAGAAGUCCGGAUUUUGAAUGAGGAGGGGAGGAGGGGUUGAGAGCAGCAAAAGUUUUUGAUCAAGUGAAAAUCUGUUGUCUGCCUCAUCUUGCAGGGGUUUCUCUGCAGGGUAGAUACUCCUUGCCUUGGUGUAGAUAAAUUGCUUGUCUUGGCUAGAGGACCUUUACUAGGCUGUUAGUAGGCAUCUGGCCUGGGAUAGGACAGUUUGUUAGCACUUUCAUUCCCUAUUCUUAUUUUCCUAGCACAGGGGUUGACAGCAUUUUUAAAAAGAUUGAAGUCUCAAAGGAAAUUCUGAUAUAUACUUUAAAAGCCCCAAACCUCAAUAACUUCCUCUCAUAGCUUCUCAUGACUAUUUCAGCUCUGUCUAUACAUUUAACAUCACUUUAAAAGGACUAGAUAAACAAAAAAAAUUUCAAGUGUUAGUCUGAAGAAGAAAAAAGAAACAAUUAAGAGCCGGAGCUGAUUAAAUAUGGACUACUUCGUAUAGUGAUCAUUUGGUGGUGGUGGCAUUAAUGGCAGAAAUGGCCAAAAGGGGAUUCAUUGGUGAGGUUAUGGAAGGCCUAAGAUGUUCCUUUUGUCAAUUCUGCUCAUAUAAACUCUCCUAGGAUAUUUUGUAUCAGUUUCUGUUCUAAAGGUGCUGCGAUUUUGGUGCCUCCAGCCCUAGGCAUCCUCAGUCUUUGAGGAGAACACAUAGGAUUUGAAGUCAGAAGCCCUUGCCUUGAGUUCUGGCUGAGCCACUCAGUAUCCACAGGACUUUGGACAAAUGACAGAGCCUCUCUGAGUGGCAUCUGUGCAAUGAGCGUAACUCCUAGUUCACAGGGUUGGUGAGACAAUUACAUAUAAGCUAAAGCGUUUGUACGUGAAAAACCUUUUUAUAAACAUCGCAGUUAUUCUUGGGGGAGCCCCACCUUGAAAGUUGUCCAAUAGAACAGCUGUGGGUUAAACUGUCUUCCGUUUUUAUUCAGUUUAGUUUUUCUUUUUUCUUUUUUUUUUGUCUUUUUGCUAUUUCUUGGGCCGCUCUCGCGGCAUAUGGAGGUUCCCAGGCUAGGGGUCCAAUCGGAGCUAUAGCUGCCAGCCUACACCAGAGCCACAUCAACGCAGGAUCCGAGCCUCGUCUGCGACCUACACCACAGCUCACGGCAACGCCGGAUCGUUAACCCACUGAGCAAGGGCAGGGAUCGAACCCGCAACCUCAUCGUUCCUAGUUGGAUUUGUUAACCACUGCGCCACGACAGGAACUCCCAGUUUAGUUUUUCUGUUUGGUCAAGUCUGUUUACAAGGGCUGGUGGUGCUGAAGUACAGUCACCAGAUUUCAGCUUCUUUUCACCAAAAAAAAAAAAAAGGGAACUCCCAUGUCCAGCAGUUCCAUCCAUAGACUCAUUGGCAGAAAAAAGUGAGCAAAGACAAAUUUUAAGAUUAGAUUAGGGGACAAAGAGGAGAAUGCUUACCUUGCUUUCUCAAAUUCAGGAUGGCUAAAACAUUGUGAGGAAUAACCACAAAGCUGGUCAGAGGCCAUUUGAGCCAUAAGCAGGAAGUGGGAAAAUGCACCUAUAAACUCCCUCUCUUCUAUCCCUUUGACCUUUGGCGCCGGGGACAGGCAUAUUACUGAUAUGGCCUGAAACCUGCCAAUCACCACCUUCUGGGAAAGCUCAGCCUGGUGCAGCAACUGUUAACAUAUUUACUCUAGCAGAGCCACUUCUUGUUCCCCUCUCAUGCCUUUCUCUGGAACCCAAAGGUAUCCUGUGUUCUAACCUAGUAAGAGUUAAAAACAACAGCAGGUCAUGAGCAGCAGGCUUGGUAAUCAUACCUCAUGCAGUGACAGGAGACUGCCUGCUCAUCCACGGCACACAGGGCCUGAAUUGUACUCUCUCCAGCGUGAAGCAGCCAUGAGAGUUCUAUGGGCUCAGCUACUCUGCUUGGGAGGGAAUUGUCUACUGUUGUUCUCUUCUCUCCGUGCCCUUUCUGUAUCCUUCCCCUGCCACCUCCCACAGGAGUACCAGUCCCCAAACCGAACAGCUGUUUGCAUGUUGAUAAGGAUUUUUUUUUUUUCUUCUUUUUAGGGCUGCACCUGUGGCCUUUAUGGAAGUUCCCAUGCAAAUCGGAGCUACAGAUGCUGGCCUGUGUCACAGCCACAGUAACACCAGAUCUGAGCUGCAUCUACAGCUUGAGGCAACGCCUGAUUAACCCACUGAGCAAGGCAAGGUAUCCUUGUGGAUACCAGUCAUAUUUUUAACCCACUGAGCUACAACAGGAACGCCCAGUUGAUACCUUUUAAAUAUUCCUUGGUUAUAGCUAAACCCUUGUUGUUGGUAUGACUUUUGAAGUUUUUGAUUGACAUCUAGUGGGGUUUUGGUUUUUUGUCUUUUUAGGGCCGCACCCAUGCCAUAUGGAGGUUUCCAGGCUAGGGGUCUAAGGAGAGCUACAGCUGCCAGCCUACACCACAGCCACAGCAACGCCAGAUCCAAGCCAUGUCUGCAACCUACACUGCAGCUUAUGGCAAUGCUGGAUUCUUAACCCACUGAGUGAGGUCAGGGAUUGAACCCUCUUCCUAAUGGAUACUAGUUGGGUUUGUUUCCACUGAGCCAGGAUGGGAACUCCUUUUAUUCUUUUUUAUUGCUGGGAGGAAGAAGGAUAACUAGAACACUUAUGCAGCCUGAGAGAACCUAUUUAUAUGUCCAUGUGUGUAUAUAUAUUCUCACGGAUGUGCAGAGACGGACAAGGAAGGCAAGGGGUGAAAAGGAGGCAUCUCUUUCUUGUUUUCUAACAUUGCUUCAAAGAUGCCCAACCCCCAUAGUAGCAAGCAGUUCCCAAGUGGAGGGUGGGGGCAGAGGCCUCCACCAAGGCCAUCAAUAACCAGGUGUGAGCUACAGGUCUCUGUGUAAUGUGAAGCUCUCCCGUAUUUCAUUUCUGCACCCAGGGGGAGGCUCUGCAGGAUUGCUUACGGAGAGCUCUGUGUCUGGCACCUCUCUCCACAAGGCCCAGGCGCCCAGGGUCCCACCGACCUGCCCAGGAAUGCAUUACAUUGUUCUCUGGUGCUGUAAUUUGGCUGCAGGAGCCAGGCCGACGGCCUCCCAGGGAUGAGAAACAUACUCUCCCUGGCAUCCUCCCUUGGGCUUCUGCCGUAUGACCACUGAGGGCAUUUAAAUACAACUCAGAGAGGCUGAGAGAAAAAAAUCCUUAUUAUCUUUUUUCUAUUAAGCUAUGUAGAAACCCAUUCUGAGCAUUUGGCAAAGGACUUAAUGGUUAGUAUGCUUGCUAAGAGAGGUGAGAGAAAGGAGAAGAAAUUACUUUCUGUAACAGGGAGGAAGAGAAAUGAGGCAGUGAGUAGUCAUGAGUCAGACUUACAAGACUUUUUGCAAGCAGACUGUCAGGACCAGGCAAUGCUUGAUUCUUUUAAAUAAUCUUAAAUCCCUGAUUUCAUUUUUCCAGCGUCACUCUAAGGAAGAGUAUGGAUUCUUGCUAUUAUUCAAGGCUAGCAAUAAGUUGGCUCUUAUCUACUGGUCUGUAUGGGGUUUUUUUGUUUUGUUUUGUUUGUCUUUUUUUAUGGUGGCACCUGCAGCAUAUGGAGGUUCCCAGGCUAGGAGUCUAAUCAGAGCUGUUACCAGGGCCAUAGCAAUGCCAGAUCCGAGCUCUGUCUGUGACCUACACCACAGCUCACGGCAACACCGGAUCCUUAACCCACUGAGCAAGGCCAGGUAUCGAACCUGCAACCUCAUGGUUCCUAGUCACAUUUGUUUCCACUGCGUCAUGAUGGGAACUCCUACCGGGCUGUGUUAAAGCUGACAUUCUUACUCUUAUAUAAGAGAAAUUGGCUAUAGGAUGUGCAGCUGAGGUACUUAAAUCAUGUGUCUUCUCUAAAAGAUUCUAAAAUCCUUAAAGGAUACUGUUUUUUUGUUUUUUUUUUGUUUUUUUUCCAUUAAGGAUACUGUCUUUUAAGUUAAUCUUGUGUCCAAGUAGCAUUUUUGCAAUGCAUUUUACCUAAAUAUUAAUCGUUAAAAGAAAUGAAGACCAACAGGAAGGAGUUGAAGAGAGGGGGCAUGCUAAGAGACUCCUGAUCUGAAGGACAAACGGCUAUGAGGGCUAUGAGAUAGACCGUCGGGGAGGGGUGGGGGGCGUGGAAGUUAGAGGCAGUGAGUGGCAGCAAAACUAAAUGGAGCCCUGACUGUACCAAAUAAAGUUCUCAUUUUGCUGUGUGUUCCAAAUAAA